AUGACCGUCUCUCUUCAACCCCAUGUCCCAUCAUCAGGAGUCUGGUGCCCCGCAGUCACUUUCUUUCAUCAUGACACCGACUCAUUAGAUCUCGUCUCCCAAUCUAAAUACUUUGCCUACUUGUCAACAAGCGGACUGGCGGGUCUGGUAAUCUUGGGAACCAACUCAGAGGCCUUUCUUCUCACCCGCGAAGAGCGGUCCCAGCUGAUUUCGACCGCGCGAGCCGCAGUUGGGCCCGAUUUUCCAUUGAUGGCUGGCGUUGGCGCGCAUUCGACUAAGCAAACCCUCGAGUUGGCACAGGACGCCGCUGCUGCCGGCGCCAAUUACCUCCUUGUCCUCCCUCCCGCUUACUUCGCCAAGGCGACAAAUAUGAAUGUGGUGAAACGCUUUUUUUCGGAGGUAGCAGCGAAGUCGCCUCUACCAGUGGUGGUAUAUAAUUUCCCGGGGGUUUGUAAUGGGGUGGACAUGGACUCCGAGACUAUCACCGCCAUUGUACGGGAGUCAGCGUCUUCGCAUCCUAGUGGACGGUCCAACGUGGUCGGUGUCAAGCUCACCUGUGGAUCGGUAGGGAAGAUCACCCGGCUGUCUGCAGCUUUUGCGCCCGAGGAGUUUGCGACCUUUGGCGGACAGUCCGACUUCCUGGUUGGCGGGUUGGCUGCAGGAAGCGCUGGAUGUAUCGCAGCCUUUGCCAACGUCUUUCCUAAAGUGGCAACGCAUAUCUAUGCGCUGUAUCGAAAGGGUCAGAUCGACGAGGCUGUAAAGCUCCAGAGGAAGGCGGCGCUUGCAGAAAGUCCCAUUAAAAGUGGCAUUGCUUCAACCAAGCAUGCAGUAGCCUGCUACUCUGCCCAGUUAGCAGGGAUUCAGGAUGCAGCAAUGAAACUGGCCCCUCGGCAUCCUUACGAGGAGGUGGGAGAGGGGGCCAAACAGGCUAUCCGAGAGGUUAUGGCCGAAGUUGCCGAGAUUGAGAAAAGCCUAUGA